GCUUCCACGUGCACUCCCUUCAAUAGUGCUGGCGAAACGCCUGCGCAGUGGCGUAGGUGAGGAGUUGUGAAUGGGGCGGUUGUCAAUCGGAGUUUUUACGAGGAAGGAAGUGAGUUCGAGUUGUGUACAGCGCGCGUGAGAAGCUGGGUAACAGAGACGGUAAAGCGCUCGUGUGUGAGGCAGGAAGGUGCAGCAUCGGAGUGGAUAACUAACGGCAUUGUAUACCAGCAGGAGAACACGAUCCUGGGAGGGAGGAGGAGGAGGACAACGGAAGGAAGAUGCCGCGGGUUGUACCUGAUCAGAGGAGCAAAUUUGAAAACGAAGAGUUCUUCAGGAAGCUAAGCCGGGAGUGCGAGAUUAAAUACACAGGCUUUAGAGAUCGACCACAUGAAGAAAGGCAAGCAAGGUUUCAAAAUGCCUGCAGAGAUGGACGAUCAGAAAUAGCUUUUGUGGCCACAGGAACCAAUCUGUCUCUGCAGUUUUUUCCGGCUAACUGGCAAGGGGAACAGCGGCAAGCUCCUACCCGGGAAUAUGUGGAUUUUGAAAGGGAGACAAACAAGGUGUUCCUAAAAGCCCCCAUGAUUCUGAAUGGAGUCUGUGUUAUCUGGAGAGGCUGGAUUGACCUACAGAGACUGGAUGGCAUGGGGUGCCUGGAGUUCGAUGAAGAGAGAGCACAGCAAGAAGACGCUAUUGCACAGCAGGCCUUAGAAGAAGCUCGCAGAAGGACCCGUGAUUUUGAAGACAGAAAUCGAUCUCACAGAGAGGAAAUGGAG